UGGGGGGAAUUAUUCACGCUUUGCUAAAAUCUAUCUACCAUCACCUGGACGUUUCAAUGGAAGAGAACUUCGACGUGUGCAUCUAAACAAUCAAACGCACUUUGUAUACAGUGCAUAAUAAAUGGGCUGUUAGGGGGGAACAUUCAACGAUGACUGCCAAGGCGCUCUCGGAUCUGCUGGCUCGCGGCACGGGCCGUGAAGCCGCCGUGGAGGUGCAGGAACCCAGUGCCGACGAGUCCGAGUCGGACCUGGACGAGGCGGUGACCUCGUCUCCCUGCGUCGACGAAGACGACGACGACGAGGAUGAGGAUCAGCUGUUCGCCGGCAUCACCAUCACCACCACCACCAACAUCACUGCCAACAGCAGCAGCGGCGGCGGCGGCGGUGGGGUCGGUAUGCGACCCACGCCGGGGUCCGGCACGAAAGAACCCCGCGCGGAGAGGACCUCGCAGAUCAUCCACAGCGGCCACUUCAUGGUGUCGGCGCCGCACCGCGACGCGUCCACGCGCCGCCGCUACGACUUCGACACGGUGGACCGCCAGACGUGCCGCACCUACCGCUUCGGACCGCGCAGCGCGUCCCACUACCUGGCCAUCGACGCGUCGCUCACGCGCCUCUUCGAGUGCAUGACCCUCGCCUACAGCAGUGCGCGGCUCGUCUCACCGAAGUGGAAGAAUUUCAAGGGUCUAAAGCUGCUGUGGAGAGACAAGAUCCGACUGAACAAUGCCAUCUGGCGAGCCUGGCACAUACAGUAUGUGGAGCGACGCGAUAACCCCGUGUGCCACUUCGUCACGCCGCUCGAUGGACACGACGCCCUCGUGCAUCUUAAGCCAGAGGCAAAUAUACUUGAAGGAAAGUACUGGAAGAGGCGCAUUGAAAUUGUCAUCAAGGAAUACCACAACUGGAGGAUCUACUUCAAAAAACGGAGAGUCAAGGAUGAUGAGCUGGCAAGUCUCGCCAAGGAUGACGUGGCACUGGGACAUUCGAUACAGCAGGCGCAGUCGUCCGACCAGCAGGACGAGUCGGCGUGGACGCUGCACUUGGACACCAUGAUCAUGGACUUCAGUGACACGCUCUUCUCAAGCCUGGCGCAGCACAGCUUCGCGUGGCCAAACCCACGUGAAAUUGCUCACGCCAGCAAUGCAGACGUCAUCCAGCCAGGCCUCAUUCAGCUGCAGCCCAGCCUGGAGGAUUACAUGGACACGAUGGAUUCCUUGCAGGACCUGCUGCCAAUGGGACGCCCAGCUUUCCUGCAGCAGCAGCAGCAGGAGCAGCAGCAGCAGCCUGCAGAGGCAGCGUUUGCCGUGCAGACUGGAGAGCCCCAGCUGGGGCCGUUCUCCUCGUCCCACACGAGCAGCGCAGACUUCUACACUUCGGGACCCGAAGCUUCCUGUCACUCCCAGAAACUGAGCGCGUUUCAAUCUUUUGACCCUGAUGGAGUCUUCCCUGAAGCCUCCCAGGCUGUGACACAAUUCCUUGGACCACCUGCUUGCCAGGAGACGCAGCACCCAUACCAAUGUGGAUUUGAUCAGAGCAACAGUGGAUUGGGAGAGAUGGUGAAUUUAAACUCCAAUAUCCGUUGCGGCGUUCCGCCAAAGGCUCCUAUAAAUAACACCUACCAGGACAACCACGGUUUCUCAUUAACCGCAAUCAAUCAGCAAUUCGGGCUGUGCCAAGACUCUGCCAACAAACACCAGGCAACACAGAAGCUCUGCUACCAACCAAUACCUCCCUCUGCAGACGAUGUAACCAAGGCGGCGAUGGAGUCGGCAUAUCCACCCCAAUUUCCUCAUUCUGCUGCGUUAAACGUGCCCGGCAACAACCUGCAUCACCUUCAGUCAUUGCCCAGUAACACUCAUAAGGCGUCUCUCUCACCAUUCCCCAUCUACUUUGCAAACAGAGAUCAGUGUCAAGAGAACGUGGCUUGCAUCGCCUCUGUCGGUCAUGUCACUCCUUCUGGCUUGGAGAAGCCUGGAUGCUUUAGUCAACAUCAGUAUCCACAACAACAGCACCAUCAGCAGCACCAGCAGCAUCAGCAGCAGCAGCAUCAGCAGCAUCAGCAGCAUCAGCAGAAGCUGACAGUGUCCCAAGAAACUCGCAAACGCUCAUUUCCGAUGCUUCCCGAGAUCGAUGCUGUUGGAAGCCUGCAGACUCCACAGGCCAACCUACCACUGCCAACUCAAGUUCCACCAACGAGUCUGCCGCUGCAACCCCCAGCUCCUCAGGAGAACAGAAAGCGGUCUCUGCCCAGCAGCUCCAUCCCCGAGCUCUUCUGCGAUUACGGCCAGAAAGGCGCGUCCGUCGACGUGGGGCAGCACGCGUCGAGCAAGCGGUCUCUGCCGAGCAGCCCGACCCGCGACGUACCCUACGACUACGUCUUAACGGGGCUCUCCUGCAGCCAGAACAGCGGCGCGGGGGGCUGCAAUCCCUUCCAGUCCUCGCUCGCCACCCAGCCGGCCCCGAGCCUGGCGGACAAGCAGCAGGAGCUGCCGCCACAGCCGCAGCCGCACGCCUUCGCCUAUGCCCCCAGCGCGACGGCUUUUGCUCGGCAGCAGCCGGAGGUCCGCAAAUGCUCGGUCCCUGGCAGCCCCGACGGCCACGAGCUUCCCCGUCGCGAGUUCUCGGCGGCUACGGCAGCGGCGAUCGCGGUGGCGGUUGGCGGCUCGCAGCGGCUCGUCGCGCCGGUCGUGACGCUCAGCGGUCCCCCGCAGCAAUGCCGCUCAGCCCACGGGCAGUCGUCCUUUGAAGAAUUCCUGAUGCCCAUGCCUAAGCUGGCCCCCAAGCAGAAGCCGAAGAUCGCCAUGGGGCCCUUGUCCACGCAGCCGCAGCAGUCUCAGCCGUUGGAGACAAACAGCACCGGCAGCAGCAGCUCGUUCCUCGCGAAACUGCUGUCCUCAGGUUUGCUGCCAAGCCAGUCUUCCAUUGGGAGUGCUCCAUCAUCCUCCGUCAAACAAGAGGACAUACUUCCCACUCUGCUGUCGAUUCCUGCUGCCUCGGGCUCUGGAUCACUGCUGGAGCCGCUACAGAAUUCUGUGAAGGUGGGAGGACAUGGCUCCCAGCCCACGCUACUGCAACCACUCACGUCUCCCGCCCAGCUCAUCCCAAAGGCAGAACGAGGCACCGCUAACUCCCACUCAUCCUCCAUCUCACCAACAAGGAAACAUCACCACAGCUCGGGACGGGCAUCGCCCGGGACGCCGGAGAGCAGGUCCCGUCCACAGUCGCCCCUCGACUCCUCCGGCAUUGUCGUCUUCAAGGACAGCCGGCGUGUGACGCACAUCUCCGCUGAGCAGAAGCGACGUUUUAACAUUAAGAUUGGCUUCGACACAUUGUAUAACCUGGUGUCGCCUCUCAAUCUGCAGCCAAACAGCAAGGUCAGCAAAGCCGCAACGCUGCAGAAGACAGUGGAGUACAUCACCAAGCUGCAGCAGGAACGGCAGCAGAUGUUGGACGAGGCACAGAAGCUGCGCGAUGAGAUUGAAGAACUCAACGCUGAAAUCAAUGUCUGCCAGCAGCAACUGCCGGCCACUGGGGUGCCCAUCACGAAGCAGCGCUUCAACCAGAUGCGCCAGAUGUUCGACUCCUACGUCCGCGCACGCACGCAGUGCAACUGGAAGUUCUGGAUCUUCAGCAUUCUCAUGCGUCCUCUUUUCGAGUCCUACAAUGGGAUGGUGUCUACGGCCAGCAUGGAGGAGUUGUGCCGGACCGUCAUGUGCUGGCUUGACCAGCACUGCGCUCUGCCCAGCCUGCGGCCCAUCGUGCUCACUGCUCUGCGCCAUCUCAGCACAAGCACCUCCAUCUUGUCGGACCCGUCUCUUGUUCCCGAGCAAGUGGCACAGGCCGCGAAGCCCCAACAAGGCCAGACCCACGCAGGCCAUGCCAACCCAACCCCUGCGUCCAUGAGCCAUGCUCACUCUAAUCUUUCCUACAGUGGCCACCAAGACCAGAAUCAUGCUGGUCAUGCCAAUCCAACUCCUGCCUCCCACUCUGGCCAUGGCCAUAGCGGCCAUCAACUCCGGACUCGCACCUGCCACGCCAACCAAACCCCUGCUUCCGUGACCCACGCCCACUCUAAUCUUGCCCGCAGUGGUCAUCAAGGCCAGACUCACACCAGCCACGCCAACCCAACUCCUGCACCCAUGAGCCAUGCUCACACUGGCCAUGUUCCUGUCAGUCAUGACCAUUCCAUCCAAACUCACCGUGGCCUAACACCCGCCGACCACGUUUACCCCGGCCAUGCUCCGGCUGGUCAUGCCCCAGCCGCCCAUGCCCCUACCGGCCAGGCGAGCUGACCAAGUACUGUGACAUUGUCCCCUGUAAUUUUUUUGUAAACAUGUUCUUUUGUUUAAUUUAAAUACAUAGUCGUUUUGUAUGUAUGAUGCGUUAAAUCAAGCUGGCCAGAUCACUGUUAUGAAUACUUUUAAUUCAAACUGUAAUGUAACUAUUGCCGUAUAUGUUACCCCCAUCCGGAAUAGACACUGCUGACAUUGUUACCAGUGCAAAGUAUUUGCUGUCACUGGGCUGGUACACCAAUGAGGAUUUCAAUAUUCACGCACAUGCCAACCCUACCAAUGUAAUCAAUAGGCUGCCGAUUUUAAACCAUUUUACUGCAAUCUUAAAUAUAUAUUAUGUGUCCAUGAAUAUACAUGUAUCCAUGAAUAUAUGUAUUUGUAUGCACAAGUGUUCCUUUGCAUAUGUGGUAAAAUGGUUGACCUAUUGGCAGCCUAUUGCCUUAAUUGGUAGGGCUUUUAAGGUAUUUAUUGCUCUUUUGAUUUGCAAACAUACAUCACAAAGGCCCAUAUCAGCAUUGGGCAACACCUAAACCCCAGUAACAAUGGGUUUAUUCUACUGCCUGUGUGAGUUGUGAGAGUUAAUAUGACCCUAUUUCACCACACUGACCGGUGAAUGUGAGUGGUGCUCAGGACUGCUUCAGAUAUCAAGCGCCAAUGAUGUUAAGCCAUGGGCAAGAUUCGUACGUGACUGACCGCGCUUACAGUGUAUUGCAAGGACGACAGUUUACAACGUUCCCUCUCAAUAGUCUUAAACGUUAUGAAAUACUUAAAUAAUGAAAUAAUAGAAUGCAUAAUACAGUACAUGGCAGCAAAAAACCUAUCCGUAAAUGACACUGGCCCUUGUCGUUCAAAUGCUAUCACGUAGAUGCUUCCACCCACCGCGUUUCACCGAAGCGAAUGCACACGUGAAUAUUGCCAAACGUCGCGUUGUAAUUCCACUAAUGGCACGGGGCACAAGCCUGUGUGUGUUCUUUUGACAAAGUCUUAUAACAUCGGCCACAAAUAUCUUGGAUGGGUGCGCGUGGACCCGUGGCCACGUGACCACUUACUUUAUAACACGCGAUUGUCGUUCUUGUGUACACAGCAAAAGCUGCCCUUUUCUAAACUCUUACAAAUAACAACGCUGCCGUUUUUAGUUGACAGCUGUUGCGUGCACUGUUCCCGAAGGGUGUGCACACAGUCGCUGCGUCCAGCGCAGGUCGAUUGAAUGAUUCGUGGUUUUUCACGCAGUUCACAUCGCAGUACAUCAUCUAUGGCCCCCGUACCUGCUUCGUAGCGUGUGUACCUGGGAUGAAUUAUAGCCAAUUUCACUCGGGGGACUGGACUCGGCUUUAGAGAUGGGUUUCAAAAAUGACGGUAACCUGCAAUGACACAGGCAAACAAGACAGAAGUGAUAAUUGGUUCUUUACCCUUCUAUCUGGCAACAAAACUGACACCUUUUUGC